AGCGUCCAGCCUGCAGAAAGCCGCUCUGCUUUAUCGCUCCCAGCAGAGAGAGAGAGACAGACAGACCCAGAGAGAGAGAGACAGGAGGACAGGCGAUGCAGACAAUACCGCUCUGACUGAUUAUUUCCACGGACUCCAGCUUUUUUCCCCCCACUCAUAUCUGCGUCUCUACAUGUAAAAACCCACCACUGUGACUCUCCUCUCCCCAGCGGCCGGUCCGGACAGUGUGACCCGCUCCCCGGCUCCCCGGCUGCCCUGCUGCCCCGCACCACUCGGACUGUCACCGGGCUUCCCUCUCAGGCUCCACUCUUCCUGGUGAUGACCUCACUGCUGUUCCCUGGCAACGCCCACGCUGCGAUGAAGGACCUGUCCUCCUCCUCGUCUCCUCUCACCUCCCUGCUCCACUACCCCUCCUCCAAAACCUCCGUGGCGCCCUUCUCCCCGUCCUCCACCGCCUCGUCUCCCGGCUCGUCCCUGACCUCGGCGCCGCUCUCCAAACCUCAGCCCUUCUGCCUGCAGACGGGCCCUCACCUCAUCGCCAGCAUGCAGCUGCAGAAACUCAACUCGCACUACCAGAGUCUGGCCAGCGCCUCCGCGGGACAUCCGGCGUCCGGAGGAGCUCAGAGGGGCUUCGGAGCCUCGGCGCUGGGCACGGGGACCCAGAUCCUCAGCCCGUCCGGAGGCCUUGGCGGCGGCGGGAUGGGCGUCGGUAUCGCCAUGGGAAACCAAGGCUCCGGCGCCGGCGGGAUCAUUGAUUUCGACCCGGUGGACGAGGAAGUUCUCAUGUCACUUGUCGUGGAGCUGGGUUUGGACCGAGCCAACGAACUCCCCGAACUCUGGUUGGGUCAGAACGAGUUUGACUUCAUGUCAGACGUGCCGGCUGGAUGCUGACAACAACAACAACAACAAAAAAAACUCCAAAAAAACUUACAUCCAGAUGCAGAGGGAUGCAUCAACAAAGAAAGAGGACUUGCUCUCUCCUGUUUUUCUUUUCUCUUUUCUCACUUUCUUGGUCGACACAAUGAGGAGAAAGAGACACUGAGCAAUUAAGAACUGUCGCAGAGAUUAAAGGUGUACUCUUGUUUUUCUUUUGCCUUCGUACAAUCUGCCUUGCGAGAGGAUACAAGGAUCACGGAGAUGGAUAAGAGAAAGAGAUGACUUCCUUUUGAUUCUUUUGUUGUUUAUUCAUGUUUUGUUGGGGUUCAUACCCUCGUGGAAAGGGACAGUCAACAGUUUUUGUUCCUUUUCAUUCCCUUCAAUCAGCAAAUCAUUCGUCUCUAGGAUCAAAUUGGGAGGGCGACACUAAACUGAUAAGAGCGUAAAGACUCUCUUUGUGCCUCUUCCUGCAAAUCACUGAUUUUGUUCUUCAUCUAAAGAGGAGGAACAGGUAGAUGCGGAGGGUGAACAGAACCGAGGACUUGCUGAUGGACCUUAGGAAUAGAGGAGGACUUUGUUCGCUCUUCUCCUCUUUCUCCAUCACUGCUUCACUCUCGCUUAAUGAAAAGAAAGUGAUUGACGCGAGAAGGGCAGGAGGCGAUGUCUGAGUUGGCCACUUUGGGGGGGGAAAAAAUAAAGAUGACAAAGACACACCUGUUGCACUUGUUUUUCCCCCAUCUUAUCUUCGAUUAAUGCUAAAGAAGAAGCAAAUGGGACACGGAUACAUACAUCGCCGACGCUUUGACUUUAUGGGAGACUCGCAAAGGAUGACAAACACUAAGUUUCCUGUUUUCUUAAUGGACAAUAUUAGACUCUGGUCUCAUGGGAAAGGGACUCCUGUCUCUUGGCUUCACAAAGAAACUGAUUGUUUGAGAACUGGUUAUCUCAAUUUACUCAAUCUCGUUUUUCUUUCUUUUUUGUUUUUUUGAAUUUAGUUCAACCAGCGGUAUUCAUUAAAAUGUUAUUUAAGACAGUGGCUGAUAUCCAUCGGGCCUCUCGGAGAGGGGAGCGCCUCAGUCUAUAAUCAGUACUACUUUUCUGAGAAUAAUGAAUUAGAUCAAGCCGUCUUGAAUCUGUGUGAGCAUGGGACCUGAAUGGAGUAAAUUGUGUCUUGCCCUCGAGCUCAACCUCAUUAAAGCAAUCUAGUACUUUG